AUGGUGCGCCGCCCAGUGAUCCAUCAGUUGAGGGUCUGUGACAGCAAUACAUAUUGGCAGAAGACUGAGAGUCAGAAACAGCGGGAAAAGUUGCUUCUGGAAGAGCUGGUGACGAUUGUUAAUAAGAGGGAUGAAUUGGUUCAACAUCUCGAUACUCAAGAGAAGGCGUAUAUUCGUGUAUAUAUAGUGCAACCCCCCAGCGCUCAGCUCAGCAUCAUUUGGUUUCUGCGAGCCAUACAUCCAAUGAAUGCCGGAUUCAGUGCCGAUUCAUUUGAUGCCAAUAUUGCGGAUGUGAUGAUCGAAGACGACGAGAUGGUCGAGAGUGCAACUCAAGGACCCAUACAUCUGACUGAACCCUCCGACAAGAAUUGUGUUAUUCAGUGAUUGACAGCUAAUCCAACGAUUCGUUUGAAGAUCCUCUAAACUCGUUGUAUUCGGUGACAAAUUUCCGACGCUUUUCAGGAAAAUGCAAUAAUAAUAAUAAUAUGGACUCUUCUAUGACUGAAAAUAUAUGACAAAUACGAGUCUAUUCACUGUCUCCUCAAAUGCAAUGUUCAUAACCAUUGGUUUGCACUGAAAUAAGUGUUAAUCGUUUUAAAGCGUUCACUCUUUAAAAAUAUUAGUGAACUUUCUUUUCGGGUUUCGCUUUUCGGCCAAUCAAUCACUUCUUACAUCAGACACCAGAAGAUCACACAUUCAUCUCAUAUAUUAUUCACAGAAGGGAACCAAUUCUUUGUUCUGUCAAAACUUAUGGACAAUUGAGUGCAUGAAUGAGAAACCGAUUGUUAGAUUUGUUACCACUUAUUAUAAUACAAAUUGCGGUCUAAAUUCAUUUGUUGCGGCCGUUACUCAACACAAACACAUACCUGUCCUGUCAAUGGAUUGAAUUGUGGACAUAUUUAUCCGUACCUUAACUAACAGUAAUAACUAAUCAUUUCUGUUACUAAUCGUAAUACAAAAAGCCCUCCUUUUGCCCAUAUCUAUGGGAUCUCCGACUUUAGAGACAAAACCAAUCAAAACAUUCACUCAUUUUUAAAUUAACGAGAAUUUAUUUUUGAAAUCUUAAUUCAAGUAUUUUAUGCCUCACUUGCGAAUCCAAAUCCAGUCAUUUCUCAAAGUUUUCUCAACAAAAUACAACCAAAAC